CUGCAGGUAGCAGCCCAGUACCAGUAGCAUCGCCACCAACGCACGCAACAAAAAAUCCUCCAGGUUUCGGUACAUCACAGGGAGCAGGACAUGGAAGGGAGCAGCGCCAGGACGCCGGAGAUCACCAUCGUUCCGGCACCUAGGCCGGUCGCCGUCGACGCGGUGAAGGCGGCGAGCAAGGAGCCUAUCAGCCCGGGAUCACCUUCCCAGGUGGCUGCCGGCCGCCGCAAGGAGAACCAGGGCGUCGUCUCCCUGCCCGGCUGGAAGCUCGACUCCCUCUGCAAGGAGUCCGGCCCGUCGCCGCUCAUGAUGGCGCGCUUCCCCUAUUUCUGAACCCAAGCGCCGUAUUGUCAUACUGUAUCUACUAGUGUGAGCAAAUCUUAGAUGCUCACCAGGCGGCGUCUGUCCGGUUGCUUGAACUUAUUUUGCACUAAUAUAUGUGUGUAAGUUGGUCU